CGAACCAAUAGGUACGCAAAGCCUUGAAGGACUUUCUCAAGCCUCGUACGUACCCGAUUUUGAUCCAUCACAGACCAAUAACGACAACGAUGCAAGUGAUUGGUGGACUCCAAUGACUACUGUCCGGAAACUACGAAAAGGUGGAUCAAAGCAAUCAAAUGCACCUCUAACAUCGGCAAAGUGGGAUAGAUGGACUGGAGGACCAAGCAAGAAGCUUCAGCUUAGUGACUCACCAAUGGCAGAUGACGGUUCUCCACAGGUGUCACUGUAUUAUUUUACCGAAGAAUCGUGGGAUAGAUUCACGAAAUGGUCUACGAAUCCAACAGCUUUGAGGAUUGGUCCCUCUGUCUUUAAUUUGACCUUUGCACAGAGAAUAGUUUGUGCUGGAAAAUGGCUUGGAAACGAGGAAAUGGAUGCGAUGAUGUAUAUAUGGCGAGAGAAGACAUCUUUGAGGCGUUGGAAUAUAGACCGUGUUGCUUUCAUGAACGCCAUGUUCUGCCUCCAGAUCGAGAAAGAAUACGAGAAGUGUAAAGACGACAAAAGAGGCUACGUAGUACCCGAUCUUCUUCUUGCUUAUGGGAGAGGAGAGCUUCCAUCUCAUAGGCGGACUAAUAGAGUUUGGGGUGUCGAUGUUGAUCAUCUCUACUUUCCUCUGUUUGUCAAUGGUAAUCAUUGGGUUGCUGUAUGCGUCAACAUGAUUGAGAAGAAAGUGGAAGUCUAUGAUUGCAAUCGGGGAAGGAAUAGGCAAUACGUAGAGAAUUUUGCUUGUAUGAUUCCUAGAAUUGUCAAGGCAGUUGGUCCGCCUAAGAGCAAGUUACUCCUUACAUCCUAUUCGAUUGUAGAUAUGCCAAUGCAGACAAGAUUGAACAAGUCUUGUGCUGAUUUCGGGGCAUUCGCACUCAAACACUUGGAGUGCAUCCUUCUUGGUCUCGACCUCAGUUUAGUGGAAGACGGAAUAAUGCCUGGUUGCCGACAGAAAAUUGCUUAUGAUAUAUGGGAGGCUGCCCAUGAUCCCAUUUUAAUCCAGCUUAUGGCACAACACAUCCCUUCGGAUUUUGAGAGUUCUACUUUUUAUGACCUUGAAGAAGACUGAUUAUGUGUGUUUGUUUAGGUUUUACCAGGAAUGUUGUGACAAUACUCUAUUUUAGAGUUUUCUA